CUCGGGUCAGAGUCAGACACACGUGUGUUCGGCGCGCGGCUGCGUGUCAUGAGUUCAGCCUGAUAUAAUCAUAAUCAUAUUAAUUCGUCAUCAUGCCGAAGGUGAAGAGGGGUAAUGUGAGGGGUAAUGUAAGCGGUUCCGGCGUGUCUCUGGCCGAUCAGAUCCUGCAGGGAGACUCGGUCCGGGCCAGCGGGCGAGUGAAGAACCGAGCCCGGACCCUCGAGGAGGAGCAGGAGUAUGUGGACGAGAAGCUGUCCCGGAAGAUCCUGCAACAGGCCCGGAUCCAGCAGGACGAGCUGCAGACUGAGCUGGGGCUCGCGGCGGAACCCAAGAGACAGCCCGCUACUCGGCUAGGUGCGAGCGCAGAGGACGGAGACUCCGACGAGGAGUGGCCGGCUCUGGGUCAUCAUGUGGAGGAGAGCCGAGAGGUGGACGUGGAUCCUGAGGACGAGAAGGCCAUCGAGAUGUUCAUGAACAAGAACCCGCCGCUCAGACGCACGCUAGCCGACAUCAUCAUGGAGAAGAUCACGGAGAAGCAGACUGAAGUGGGAACUGUGAUGUCGGAGGUGUCAGGACGAGCCGAUCCUCAACUGGACCCGCGAGUCGUGCAGGUCUACAGAGGCGUUAGCAAGGUGCUGUCGAAGUACCGGAGUGGGAAACUCCCCAAAGCGUUUAAGAUCAUCCCGGCUCUCUCCAACUGGGAGCAGGUCCUGUACCUCACCGAGCCGGAGACCUGGACCGCCGCCGCCAUGUACCAGGCCACCAGGAUCUUCUCAUCUAACCUGAAGGAGCGGAUGGCUCAGCGCUUCUAUAAUCUGGUGCUGUUGCCUCGGGUUCGAGACGAUAUCACGGAGUACAAGCGCCUGAACUUCCACCUGUACAGCGCGCUCAAGAAGGCGCUCUUCAAACCCGCAGCCUGGUUCAAAGGGAUUCUGCUUCCGCUGUGUGAAUCGGGAACAUGUACGCUGAGAGAAGCCAUUAUCAUCGGGAGUAUCCUCACACGCUGCUCAAUCCCAGUGUUACACUCCAGCGCGGCGAUGCUGAAGCUGGCGGAGAUGGAGUACACCGGGGCCAACAGCAUCUUCCUGCGGCUGCUGCUGGAUAAGAAGUACGCGCUGCCCUUCCGCGUGCUGGACGCGCUGGCCGCACACUUCCUGGCCUUCCGCGCGGACCGCCGGACGCUGCCGGUGCUGUGGCACCAGAGCCUGCUCACGCUAGCCCAGCGCUACCGGGCCGACCUGUCCUCCGAGCAGAAGGAGGCGCUGCUGGACCUGCUGAGGGUGCACACACACCCGGGGGUUACGGCUGAGAUCCGGCGAGAGCUGCAGAGCGCCGAGUCUCGAGACCUGGAGGACGCCGCGCCCGCCAUGGCCGUCGACUGACCCCGCCUCCAUGAGUCCGCUCUGACGACGC